AUGCUGGUCAUGCUGCGGCUCUUCAAGUCCUUCCAUGCCCAGCCGCGCCUCGCCAUCGUGACGAAGACGAUCAUCACUGCCAGCCAAGAUUUGCUGCACUUCUUCAUCGUCCUGUUAUCCGUCUACACUUGCAUGGCAGUUUUCGGCUACCUCUUGUUUGGACAGGAUGUUGAGGAUUUCUCGACUUGGGACCGUGUAUGCAUUACGUGCUUUCGUGCGCUGCUUGGAGAAUGGGACUGGGAGGAGAUGGAAACUGUGGGCCGGGUUCUAGCGGCGAUUUGGCUCUGGUGCUUCGUUGUGCUUGUGGUGUUGCUGCUCCUUAACAUGGUGCUGGCAAUAUUGAUGGAUGCUUACCAAGUCGUGAAGUCGAAGGCCUCCGUUAUGGUGACAGUUCCGCAGCAGAUCUCCGAGAUGCUGCGGCGCCGGCGCCUGAACCGAGAGAAGAAGACCGUACGGCUGGUGGAGAUCUGGUUUGCCUACCUGGAGCAGUUCCAGUCACACCGAGAAAUGUUCGAAAGCGAGGUCCUCGUGAGGCCCGAAGACUUGGUGAAGGUGGUGCCAGGUCUGCCACUGUCUCAAGCCAGAAGAACGCUGAGCAGUGCCCAGAGGGUCUGGAGGGAGACCAAUGACGUGCACUAUGGCAUGGAGAACAUGCGCAUGCAGCUCAAGAUGUGCAAUGGAAGAGUCAAAAUUCUUCAGGAAGAGGUGUCUGCCAUUCGCGUGGCUGUGGAGGAAGCACGGGAUGCUUCGGGAAUGCUGCCAAGCCCGACUCAUCUAGGUCUAAAAGAAAGUACCUUGAGGAUCGUGGAUGUCUUGAAAGACACCGUCGGAGGCCUGCGAUCGCAAGUUCAUGGCGUUCUAGAGGAGGAAUGCAACAUCUACGAGUUGGGUCAUCGCCAACUUCAAGACGAUCAGCGUACCAUGAGAGUGUGUGCGCAGGAUGCCAAGGCGAAGUUGAGAGCGAUGCUCGAAAGAUUGGAGGGCCUGAGCGCUACCUUGGAGGAGCAUGCCACCAAGGAGCAGGUUCACUCCGUCUUUGGCUCCGCCGUGGCGACGCGGGAUCCCCAACCGAGCCUGCUGGCCGGCCUGCACCGCAGUCUGGCAAUGUGCUCUGAACCCACGAGGGGUCAGUCUCUGCCUCACGAAGUCCAGCCUCGGCUCGGCGGUGGCCGGCGCCCGCUCCAACACCUCCGUGCAGACGACGUUCUGGUCGAGGCUGUGGUCUUUGAGGCGGUGCUACUCUUCACUGCUCCGCAGGUGCUGAGCUUCUCCAAGAAGAGGCCAGGUGUAAUUUCCAACGAUCGCCAUGAGCAUGGCGCAGACGGCAUCUUCAAGCUACUCCUUCAGCUCCGCGCCGAAGGCUGUGACCGCACGGAAGAAGUGAAAGAGACAUGCAUCUCCUGGGACAAGCGUGUCCACCGUGGCAACACCUACAGCAUGUACACGCAGAAUGCCAUCAAGGAGGCCAUCGAAGCGGCUCAGCAGUCACAGGUUUCGCCGAAGGUGGCCAAGAAAAGGAGGCCCAAGGAGAAGUCCAUCUUUGACAUGCCCCUGCCCGAACACGAGCGAGUGCCCGUCGACCUCACGAAGCACCUCAUAGCCAGCGAAGAGCCACUGCAGGUGGAGGUCGUCGAGUGCCAGACAGACGAGUUCUUGCCAGAACCGCCCCCGGAGCAGUACCAACCACAGAGGACUGGCAUUGAUGCCUCCACCCAGGUGGAGGACGGUGAGCUCUUCGACUUCGAUGCAGAAGUGGAGCCUAUCUUGGAUGUGCUCGUCAUGAAGACCCUGGAGCAGUCCGUCAUGGAAGUAGAGGAGGAGCACGAGCUCUCGACCAUGACCAGUUUCAAGGGAGCGUGGUACGAGAGGCAGAAGAGCAUGAUGGCGGCUUGGCAGGAGCAGGUCGAAGAGGAGUGGGUGCGGUGGCACCAGAAGGAGGCCGUGAUGGCAGCCCAGAGGGCUCAGAAGGAGCGCGAGGCUCGCGUGCUCCUCAAGAUCCAGGCCGUGAACGCCGCGAAGGGCCACCUGGCCAACCUGGUGCCCAAUGCGGUGGAAGAUCUCAAAGAGGUGGCCUUCCCAGACAGCCGCGGCCUGGCAAUUCAGAGGAACUUCAUGCAGGGCCUUUUCCAGCAGGUCCAGCAGGAGGUCUCGGCAAUCAAGCGUGCGCAGCAAGAGGUGGAUGAGAUCGUGGCCCAUGGUGUGGCAGCGCAACAGGCAAAGUGGUCGGCCAGCCUGCAGGGGCAGAGGGAAAAGUUUGCGGGCAUGGAGAAGCUGCGGUUAGAGGAGCUGCAGAUUCGCCGUGGCAAAAUACGAAUCCUCAUCGAUGAUGGCAGCGGAAACCCCGUGCCUGUUGGGCCGAUCCAACUGUCAUCGGCGGAUCCAGUGGAAGAGCUCCAAGCCCGAGUGUACGUGUGGCUUCAGCAGAACGAGCCCAAGAUUGCAGCGGCGUGGCCUCACGGCGUCGUGCUGCGGCUCAGUGGAGAGCCUGUGCAGCAGACGAAACAGCUCUUCGAGGCUAAGCCCGGGCAGAUCUCCAUGGGGCCGCAGGAGCCGCCGCCUCCCCCAGAGGCUGAGGUAGACGAAGCGGCGGAGGGGGAGGAGGAGGAGCAGGUGGAGGCAGCCUGA